CUGUCAGAAAAAGUUCAUUGUUUAUUUAUAAUAAACUUAAAGGGUGUUCUUACUUAUAAUUAUUUUUAAAAUGCUUAUUUCUUUGAAGAAAAACCACAGAGAACAUUUACAAUAUUUAACUCUUCAACCGUUCCAAAUUGUUGAAGAUUUUUGCAAAUUAGCUACACAAUUUUUAAGUAAUGGUCCAAAUGUUAAGCAGUACAUUAAAAUAUCUCGAAAACUAGAAGUAGAUACGGAAGUAAUACAAAAUUGCAUUUAUGGAAUAGUUCAUUUACUGUUGAUAAGCUGUAAACACAAGUUAAGCGAAGCAGAUUUUCGUGACUCUGUUCUUACCUUAGGAUUUUCGCCUGAACAACAAAAUGUUUUAAGUAAUUUGUACAUUACAAAACAAGAUGAAAUCUAUGAGGUACUCAAAGUUCCUAUUAAUGAAUCCCAUUUUGAUGACUUAAGAUGGAGAUUCGAAGCCCAAGUCUCCUCAAGAUCCCUCUCCCAGCAAGUAAUACCUCUCAUAACCAUGGAACUUACUACCAAAACGGAUGUUAAUGGUAUUUCUGAGAAGGAAAAGCAACUUCUACAAACUGAUCCAAAUAAUUUAUUGCACAUUGUGAAUGAGUUAGAGAAUGCGCUUUUACAGUCAAAGAGCAGGCACUCUAAGAAGGUGGAAAGAGCUUUGAAAACGUGACGUCUUAAAACAUGGUCUAUGUUCUGUGAUAAAUAUUUGUAAAAUAUGAAUUAAAAUAUAUACUAAAGAAUAUUUAAUGCAAUUUAUACUUUUCCUACUUAAAAUUGUACUAUAUUACAAUUUACUUUAUUCUACUGGUUUCUGAAUAUAAUUACAGUUAAAGCCAAUGCAGAUUCAAUAUCUCGAGGGUGCUGUUCAUUAAUUUUUACUAAUUCAUAAUUUGUACAUGUAUACAUUUUUAAACAAUAACUUCUUAAUGAAGUCAAAAUCCGGAUUUUUUUAAUAUUGCAGUUAAUGAAGAAUAUAAAACUUUAAUUGGUAGUCAUGUUUGUAAUUAUAAAUUUUUUUUAAGAGAUUUUAAAGGAACUGAUCAAUUUAACCACCUGCUAUUAAAUGAAAUAAAUAAUUUAAACGACAAGGUUUACAUACAUUCUUGUAAGCAACAUGAAAAAUUACUUUUUCAGUUUAUUUUCCAAUCAAUCAAUGUUUAUUGUCAAAGUUACAACUUACCAA